UCUGAAAACAUCCGGGAGACCGGGCAUGCGCGAAAUAGCCCGCUCGGUAUGAUUUUCUCGGAGCUCUAGCAAACUUGAAUGGCGUUCGUGGAGACAACAAGUUCUGCAGAUUCAGUCAGCUACCAGUCUAUUAAACUACCAGAGUCUGGUUCUCAUCUCUUCCCUGCUGUUGUGCCUUCACCAAGAGAAUCACAUUCACCUUCGAAUUCUGUUGUGGGAAGCGACAUCAACAGCUCUGAUACCUCUGAUUGGUUGCAACGCUUUGAGGAAUUGUGUUCCUGGCAAAAGAAACAGCAGGAAACGCUGCUUAGCCAACAACAGUUGCAGCUAGAGAAACUGAAGAAAGAACAGCAGCUGGCUGCUCAGAGACGGAUGAGGCAUCAUCAGUCAACUCGCACAGAUAGUAUUGAUUCUAAGGAGGUUGUUGGCGUUGGUAGUGAAGGGCCUGAUGGUCAGGUCGUUGAAGAGCAGCAGACUGUGUCUGAAGAGGACAGGAUAGAUGGUGAAGAGGCCGAGUUGGUAACAGAGAGACAAGAACAAACUAACGUGUCUGUCGAAACUGAUGAGGAGCAGGAUGAGAGUAUUGAACACGAACACAAGGAGCCUUCAGUGAACAAGGAUGAUCGUCUGUUUGAUGAGCGACCACUUCGACCAGCAUUUGGGGAAGACACAAAGACCUUUACUGAGUUUGUUGAGAAGCAACUCAGUCGGGAGCAACAGGCAUCUUUGCAACGUUCUUCGUUAUCUAUGGAAAAACAACCGCGUACUUUUUUGCGAAAAGGACAAGGUCUGAAUCGAUUUAAUUCAAAGAGUUUAGCUGUGAGGCAAGAGUUAGAUACACCUGUGGUGCAGACUAGUGAGGAAACUAAAGUCAAUGUUCAAGAUGUUCAAGACGACACUGCGAACUCAAAAUUGUCUGAAAGGAACUUGAAGGUGGAUGACUCGUUUUAUGUUCGAACAAGUUACAGGCAGGAAGUUGAACAAGAAGAACUGGCAGAUUUUGAACUAAUGGAAAAAUUAGCAGAUCAAAGCUCAUUUUCAUCUCAAUGUUCAUUGGUGAGGAAGGUUAUGACAAAAGGAAACAGAAAACAAUCUGAGGGAAGCAAGAGUAUGCCAAAUACACAAGUGUUUCAAUCAGAUGAUGUCAAGCAGUCAACACAAACAACAGAUAAUUCAACUGAUACUGAGGCAGAAGAUGUAACAGAAGAUGAGACUGAUGAAAGUAUUUCAUCUUUGUCUGAUGUAAAUUCAGUUGAUUUUGAGCAACAGCAAAGGCAAGGUUUUAUGUCAGGUGGUCAACUCUCUUCUCGUGCAGUUGGAGUGGAGUUUGAUGACAAAGAGACAUGGGAGGAACUGCUUCCACAAUCUGAUCAGAAUCCAAAGCCAAUCACAUCAACUCCACCUAUAAAGACUGUUGUGUCUCGACAGCGUAAGGUCUAUCGAUUAUCCACCAAUGGCUUACAUAGUCUAAAGGGUAGUGAACAAGUUAGUGAUGGUGCACACAGCAAACCUGAAAAUCACUUUGAGAAUGACAAAGAGUCUGAUACAGUGAGUCAUGACGGCGACAAUACACUAGUGUCAGAGCAAUCUUGUUCUGAAGUUGAGUCGCAUGGUUUGGUAAACAACAGAACUGAAUACGGCAAGUCAGGUGGUAGUACGCUUCCUCAUACUGUUUUAUCACCGCCUCCAACAUCAGCUCUGGUUAACAAGCUGUUUCCAAGUUUAAAUGGUAUUCAAGCUCAACUGAAACAGAACUAUCCACACAGUCCUGUAAAAACUGUCAGGCCUGUUUCUAUAGUCCGAGAAAAUGGCACAUCAACUGAUGAGGUCUCUGCUAUUGCUGUGAAGCAAAAACUGUUGGAGUUAGAAAAGGAAAUUGAAAGAUUUAAGCGAGAGAAUGUUGCUGUUGCAAAGUUGAAGGAAGACAGGGAAAAGGCAUUGUCGGAGUUGGAAAAAGCAAGAGUCAAGUUUGAAAAUUGGAAGAAGGAAGAAGUGUCAGAGUUUGAAGCUUACAAAGAAGAGGAACUAAGGAAGAUUAGGCAAGAAAAGCGUGUGUUUGAGCAAUACAGAAUGUCAGUUCAGAAUGCACCUGAUCGUCAAGAAAGACAACAAAUUGCAACUCUAAAGAAAGAAAAUUUGGAACUGUGUGGAGAAUUGGAGAGGCGAGAGGCUCGCUGGGCAGCAGCUAAUGAACGAUAUCGAAGUAAAAUUUCAGCUUUAGAGCGUGAGAAUUCCGAUCUCAAGCAAGAGCUUAAGGUGAUGGAAGAGCAACGUCUGGUCCAAUGGACAAAACAGCUUGAAUCAGCAAGUAAUGGGGAAAAAGAGGAAGUAAAACAAGCAAAUCAGAAAAGGCCUACUCAAACAGCUGCAAAAACAAGACAGUCUGCUCAGAUUGAGCAAAAUGGAAGACGCAAAGAUCAGAGUAAAGAAUGUACCUUUGCCAGCAGGAAGAAAGGAACCGUAAAGACAUCAAGUCAUCCUGUUCAGCAAAAUGAGCAGAAAAUGCAUGUAAAGUCACCAAAUAUAGUGACGCGUUUGACAGAGCAGAGUAAGUCAGUGAGCUUCAGUGAUGACAAUGCAGCAUCUGGCGAGGAAGAUACGUCAAACAAAGAGAAGACUGGCAGUAUGCGUUCUGAGGUGCUUGGAAGGAAGAUAGAGCAUUCUGAUGGCAGGGUUGAACUAGUGAGGGCUGAUGGUUCGAAAACUAUUAGUUAUUCCAAUGGAACGAAGAAAGAUGUGAGCGCUGAUGGUCUAAGUGUUGUGCUUUCGUUCUUCAAUGGCGAUGUCAAGAAGAUAACUCGAGACCAAAAAGUGGUAUAUUAUUAUGCUGAGACAAAAACACAACAGACAACUUACCCCGAUGGGUUGGAAGUAAUGGAGUUUUCAACCGGCCAAGUAGAAAAGCAGUAUCCCGAUGGCACCAAAGAAGUUAUUUUUCCUGAUCAGACAGUGAAAUACCUAUUUGCUGAUGGCUCACAAGAAAGUGUCUUCACUAGUGGUAUAAUACAGAGAGUUACACCUAGCGGUGAAGUGACAAUCGAACAUCCAAAUGGGCAGCGAGAGAUACAUACACGUCAAUUCAAAAGGAGAGAAUACCCAGAUGGUACUGUGAAGACUGUAUUCACAGAUGGACGACAAGAGACACGGUAUGCGUGUGGUCGAGUAAGGGUAAAGGAUGGAUUUGGUCAACUAGUUGUUGAUACAAUGAACAGUGAUUCCCCAUCGCAAAGCUAAGUCAAUCAAAUAGGUGUAAAUUUUCUUGUAUGUUUACUUAUCAAUAUAUUAAUGACUGAACAUUAACAAGAGUAGCUGAGUUAGACUCGU